UGAGCCCCCUGCCCCCUGUGAGACCUCUGCCCUCUCCCCCUCCUGCCAGCCCAGCCGAGCAGGGACCGAGCUUGCUGGCUGUCACCUGACGCUGGGCAGCCGCUGAUCCCAUUGGUGGAGCCGGAUUCGGUCUGGCUCUCUGUUCUUUCUCGCCUUCUCUGCCUCUCUCUCCUCCACGCUGCUCUGAUCUCCCUCCUGCCUGUCUCCUGGCUCGCCUGGGAACAUCGCACCCUCCUGGGGGCGGCGGGGCGCGCUGCAGAGCCCGGCAGGAGCAGCCCGCGGGGCAUGGAAGAAGCUGCCUUGGCAGCUGCCAGAGGACCCAGAGCACCGAGCCGGCACUGCCCGUGACCCAAGCGUCCCUGCCCUGCCGGGGAGCCCAUCCGUCUGUCUGUCCGUGCGUCCGCGCAGACGUCUGUCUCUCCCUUGCUCUCCGUGCGUCUCCUGCUGCAGAGCCGCUGGACCCAGUCCCUACAGGACCCACCUCAGAGGGGAGCAUGGAGCUGCUGUCCACGCCCCACAGCAUCGAGGUCACCAACAUCACCUGUGACUCCUUCCGUAUCUCCUGGUCCAUGGAGAACACUGACCUGGAGCGGGUCACUCACUACUUCAUUGACCUCAACAAGAAGGAGAAUAAGAACUCCAACAAGUUCAAGCACCGGGACGUCCCCACCAAGCUCGUGGCCAAAGCUGUGCCGCUGCCCAUGACCGUGCGAGGACACUGGUUCCUGAGCCCCCGCACAGAGUACAGCGUGGCGGUGCAGACGGCUGUCAAGCAGAGCGACGGGGAGUACCUGGUGUCCGGCUGGAGCGAGACCGUGGAGUUCUGCACCGGGGAUUACGCCAAGGAGCACCUGGCGCAGCUGCAGGAGAAGGCCGAGCAGAUCGCCGGGCGCAUGCUCCGCUUCUCCGUCUUCUACCGCAACCAUCACAAGGAGUACUUCCAGCACGCCAGGAACCACUGCGGCAACAUGCUGCGGCCCUACGUGAAGGACAGCAGCGGCAGCCACGGCUCCCCGACCAGCGGCAUGCUCCACGGGGUGUUCUUCAGCUGCAACACGGAGUUCAACACGGGCCAGCCCCCGCAGGACUCCCCCUACGGCCGCUGGCGCUUCCAGAUCCCGGCCCAGCGCCUCUUCAACCCCAGCACCAACCUCUACUUCGCAGACUUCUACUGUAUGUACACGGCCUACCACUACGCCAUCCUGGUGCUGGCCCCCAAGGGCUCCCUGGGCGACCGCUUCUGCCGCGACCGCCUGCCCCUCCUGGACAUUGCCUGCAAUAAGUUUCUGACCUGCAGCGUGGAGGACGGGGAGCUGGUCUUCCGCCACGCCCAGGACCUCAUCCUGGAGCUCAUCUACACCGAGCCGGUCGACCUGUCCCUGGGCACGCUGGGGGAGAUCAGCGGGCACCAGCUCAUGAGUCUGUCCACGGCGGACGCCAAGAAAGACCCCAGCUGCAAGACCUGCAAUAUCAGCGUGGGCCGCUAGGGACUCCUGGGGAGCAGGGGUGGGAGGGUCAGGGCCAGUUGAGUGGUGGGGCGGCUUGGGUGGCACCUGCCCCGGGGGGGUUGGCUUCUCUCCCCUGUCCCCUGCUCCCUCUGCACCUCCGUCUCCCCGCCCCCACCCUUUGGGAUUGGAGGCCUCCAAGCGCGGCCUUGUGGUGGGCUCCGUUUGCGCAUGCCCAGGGGAGUCGGACAGGCUUCUCGGCCGGGUCCGUGGGGGGAUGUGUGGGACAUUGCCGGGACUUCCCCCUUUCCUCUGGUGUCCUGUCCUGCUGUUCCUUGCCUCGUUGCAGGCCCCCUCCCGGCACCCCCCCCCCAGUCUCAGGAAGAUCUACUGUCUCGAACCCCCCUCCCCCCAGGAAGCCCGCGUGGUGUUUGCCUGCCGCCAGAUGAGGAGCAGAGCGCUGUGGGUGCUCCUCCUUAGCUGCACCCCCCCACUCGGGGUCCCCCCGCGGAAAGAGGGGGGUCCCAGCCUUUCCCUCUAUAAAUAGUCUCCCGCACCGCUGGACCCUGGCUGCCCCUCGCCGAAGCACCCUCUUCCUGCAUGGGGAGAGCCCCCUCACCUCGCUCACCCCACCCCGAGAAAGGGGCCCCUUCUGUCCCCCCUGGAUUUGGGGGUCUCCAGGCCGCUGGGAUUUUUUUCUUGUCCUCUCCCUGGAGAUAACAUGUCCCACAGUGAAACUGCUCCCUUGCCCAGAGUCCUGGGAUCAGGAAUCACAUUCACUGGGGUCGAGGAGGGGGGCGGACACCCCUGAGACCCAGAGAGGCCCCCGCCCUCCCCGGGGAGCAGGCUGCCUCGCGGCCGGAGGGCCGGGGGGGUCGGGGUGAGAGUGGAGGUCUUCCCACAGCGUCUUGGCUGCGUGCUUUGCUCGCUGCUCUGCCACGGCCCCCCUUUGCACUCUGUGUGCGUGUGUGUGCGUGUGUGUGCAUGUGUGUGUGUGUGUGUGUGUGUGUGUGUGAGAGAGAGAGAGAGAGAGAGAGAGAGAGAGAGAGAGAGAGAGAUCUGGAUUGUGGCUCCGUGACCCCCGCCCCCUCCAGCCCGCUGGCAGAGAACACCCUCCCUGGGGCGCUGCUGGGUUCAGCCACAUUCCUGCCACUUUGCUACUCCUGCCCGGUCCUGAGGGUGGUCCCAUGGACCGGCUGGGGUCCGGGAUGAGGGUGCCGCUGGCUGUGUGGGGGCUGAUGGAAGAGACGUGGGGUGUAGGAGAGCAGCUGCCCAAGGGACAGGCAGACAGAGAAGGCCGGCGGCCCCAAGCAGGCCAGACCUCAGCGAGGGCAGGAGGGACAGCUGGUGGCCUCUCUGUGUCCAGGGCGGGCAGUGUCGCAGGCUGUCUCCACAGCAGCCACAGAAGGUCUGGGCCCCUGCGAGCUGCAUGGAGGAGGAGGAGGAGGAGAGGACAUGGGCGCCCCAGGCCCCUCCGCUGUCAGCAUCUCUCGGGGGGCAGCCCGCUGCCUCCCCGCCCCCGGGCACCCGCCUGUGCUGUGCUUGCGACUGUGUGCAACAAUAAACCGUCCAGGUCUGA